CCCCUAUUUGUGGCCAAGGCCACAUCAUUGGUUCGCGUCGCUAGCAAACACGUUUCUCAAUCACCUUCACCCGAAAACCCCGAUUUCCCAGUGUCCCCUAGGAGGAAAAUAGUCUAUUAUCGGCAUAUUGUAUUUAGUAGUCGUAUCCAAUUACUUAAGGUUACAUAUCUGGCGCAUCAGAGGCAAAACAGCGUCGCCAUUUUGCGUCGUGGCAGUUGACGUAGCGUGCUGACGAUAGGGUGGUUUCUUUAUUAUAUUUCGGAGUGAGGAGUCCAAGAUAACACAUUGAGGUGGGGCCUGCUCUGUCUGGAUAACACCCAUCAUGCCUGUUGGAUGGGACAUUCUCCUCAGGCACCUGAGUCACCACAGCUACCUGAGCUGUGCCCCUGGGCCGGGCGCCCUUCCGACCCUGGGACCACUGGGGCGGCUACUCCUGCGGAACCUGACAGCACUAUGGAGGAGGGAUGUGGAGCUCGGACUGAAUGUACCCGUGGUGCCCGCGGCUCUACCGGACAGAUUGAUCGGUGAUCCUGCACAGUCACUGACAGACUCACUCGCUGCCCUCCAUGCAGCUCAGGCCUCUCUCCACCUCACACCGCCCUUUGGGGUCACCUUAGAGCGACCUGCCGCCGGACCGCUGACCCCGCCCGAGCAGCUGGAGGCCACGCCCCCUCCGGCCGACGCCCCGCCCACCGCCGGUGGUCAUUUGUCUCUCGUGCUGGCCGUGCCCCCGGCCGACGCCCCGGAUUGGCAUCAAACACUACAGCGGCGCCGGCGUAUAUGGUGGCGGGAUCUGGCGGACGAUCCGGGUAACUACAGCCUCGCUCAGAGCUCACCAGAUGACGCGCAGGUGCUGUUCGACAGGCGCCUGCCUGUGGAGCGGUUGAGGAGUCACGGACUGCAUGCAAUUGAGGGCGCUGGAGAGACACAGGAGGCACACGUGUUCACCUGUGAGCUGUGCCUCCAGUCGGCCCUGUACUCCGUCUGCGGAGACGCACUGGACGCUGGCGCGCUCCGCCUCCAGGAGCGUUUGGCGCCAUACCGGCGCGCGGUUCCUUCGCGCCACGACUGGCCCGAGGAGCUGCGCGCGCUGGCGCUGCAUAUCAGCAACCAGCUGCGGUCGUCGGGUGUUUCCGUGUUUCCGCUACCGGAGGAGAUGCCGGCGGAAGGAGAGGAGGACCAGUCAAACUCUGAGGAGGCCCAGAGGGACGGAGAGAGGACUAACGCGUCCAGCACAGUGGAGGAGCCGUGGCUGGCGGCGCCUCUCCGCUCUUCUGACGGCGCCGGUGUUCCUCUGACCGUUCUCCUCUCCGAGAGAACCCUCCAAGACGGCGUGUGCCGGCUCCGCUCCCGGGACACGUCACUCAGUCAUCAGGUACACGUCAGUCAGAUCACUGACGGUGGCUGAUGUGACGUCAGUGUGCAGCUGUGUUGACGUCAUGUGAUGUUGAUAGUGCAGUGUAGCUCUCUGACGUUUGCGGGAUUAAAGGUGACUCAUCGAAUCAUUGUAGGUAUAUUUUGCAUUCACAUCACAUGUUUGUUAAAGAAGUGAUCAACAUCGUGACACCAAGCGUUGCGUUACUGUGUCUGCUAGGGUCUGCCAGUGCCAAGUACGAUCAUCUGUGAUGCCAGUGAUUGGAACUUGUUUCGUCGUAUACUUUGGCUGUUGGAAGUUUUCGAUGUGCCUUUUUGCGUGGCUCAUACGAUUUAUCGAGUCCUGUUCCACGGGUCAGUUCGAGGCCAGUGGAAUUUUCCGCCUCCCCAGUUGUAUUUCAACGCUGAGGAGCUUGUAGACGAAUUUGUAAUGGUUUUGAACGGCUUUGUUGGAAUCAUUGCAAGUGAUAAAGAGCCAGGCUAAUAUUUAUCCAAUACCCAAUGUGAAAUUAGGUAUUUAUUGGGAAAACAUGUUUUUUUCAGUUUUUGCAAUAAAAACGUAGCUGAU